AUGGGUAUCCAGAUAUUUGCUCAAGUGGUUUUCAUCGUUCUCAUAACAAGGAAAUCUGAAAGUGUAACGAAAAAUUUUGUGAAUAAUUCUAUGCCUGAAAUGAGGCCGACAUUUGUUGUUAAUUUUGAUAUGAGUACUGUUAUUUGCCAACAUUCGAACGAUCCAAGCGAUUUACAUUUACAUCGUAUGUCAAUACUUUGUGAUGGCAAAUCGGAUUGUUACAUAAAUCCAGCAAUGCAUGAUGAAAGUUUUCCAUAUUGUGAAGGGUAUUGUAAUUCAACUUGUAAUGGUCGUGGUGCCUGUUUAUUCGAUGGUUCAAGAGGUCAAUGCUAUUGCAAUGCGGGAUUUCAUGGACCCGAAUGCGAAUUUACCGACAGCAAUGAAUGUGAAGAAAAGCCAUGUCACUGGUUAGCGCAUUGCCAAAAUACGUUUGGUUCCUACUAUUGUACUUGUUUUCCAGGAUUCCAUGGGAAUGGAUAUGAAUGUUCAGACAUCGAUGAAUGUGAAAAUGGAUUAGCUAAAUGUCCACUGUAUUCCACUUGUGUCAACCUUCCUGGAACUUAUUUUUGCAAUUGCACAGAAGGGUUUCAACCGCUAGGUCUACCCGUCGAAAGAUGCGCUGAUAUCGAUGAAUGUGAACAAAAUCUCCAUAAUUGCGUCGACGAUGCGAAAUGCCAAAAUCAGAUUGGAAGCUAUAAAUGUGUCCAGAAUUGUGAAGAAGGUUAUCGGGAAGUAAAUGGAUCCUGCAUCGACAUUGAUGAAUGUGCUGAAAAAAGCGCAUUAUGCGACAAAAGAGCAAGCUGUUUUAAUACAGUUGGUGGUUACAAUUGCACCUGUGAAGAUGGAUUUGCUGGCGACGGUCGCAGUUGUUCUCCACUAAAUGACUGCAGUCAACAGGAAGGCAUUUGUGAUCGUCAUGCAUUUUGCAUUGGAUCGUUUAAAAAGUGCAUUUGCCAGGCAGGUUAUGUCGGUGAUGGUCUUUCUUGCUAUGAUGUGGAUGAAUGCGAAGCAAAAACAAAUCCUUGUUCAGAGGAGCAAGGAAAUCGUUGUGUUAAUAUUGAGGGUGGCUAUAUAUGCUGCCGUAAUGAAAUUGACGACGAACGCUGCAUACGAGAAAACGGAGCAUUCUGUUCGGGCGGAUGUGGUGAUAAUGCUGUUUGUUACAACGAAACUUGCCAAUGCAUUGUUGGGUUCAGUGGUGAUCCUCGCAUUAAAUGUUUUGGUAGUUUUUUAAACACAAAUGAAUGCGAAAACGAUAAACAGUGUCCAGGAAUAGGUGAAUGGUGUGUUAAUUUGAUCGGUGGGUUUAUAUGUUGCAACAAAGAUUCCACGCAGACUGCAUGCAAUUUGAAUAAAAAGCAUUACAGUGGAAUUUUAAUCAGUGAACCGAAUUUGACCAAAAUAGAUGUGAAAGGUUCUCCUCGUUUAAAUGUGCCUUUAAGAGAUAAAAUCACGCAUCACAUUGGAUAUGAGGAACAGAAAUCAUCAGGAAAUUUGAUUAACAUCAAUGGCAUUAGUAACGAGGAAAUUAUUAUCCUUUGUGGAGCAGGUUGUCCACAAAAUUCGCAUUGUUACAACAAUACUUGCAUUUGUGAUUCUGGUUUCACUCUUGAUGGAACUGAUGGUUGUGAACUAUUUUUGCUUAUCCACUGCCAAUCCUAUCGAAAGUUUAUUAUAGAUAUCGAUGAGUGCAAAAGUAAUCCUUGCACACAACCACAGUCAUGGUGUGUCAAUUUGUAUGGAAGUUUCCAGUGUUGCACACCUGAAUCGAAUGUCAAUGAAUGUAUUGGCUUGGAAAUUACUGGAGAUAGUUCCACAAUGGUUAGCAUGAGUCACCAAAAACCCACAAAAUUUGCACCUUUUAGGAGUGAAAUUAAGCCAGAAGAAUUAAUAAAGUCUUCAUUGGGGGAAUGGAAGCUGGAACAGUUCGGUGAGUGGCGCAAUUUCUCUGCUGGUUCCAUAAUAAUUGGCCGAGGGCGAAUAGAUAGCAGAAAAGGUGGCACGGCUGAGAAAGAAAACAUCAGCUCGAAACAUGAAACAAACCACGGAAAGCAUGAAUCACAUGGAAAAUCUGCAACAUUAAAAACUAAUAUCAUCGAUGAAUCGGUAAAGAGCACAAUAUUUCCAAGUAUUCCCACAGACCUGAAAUCAACCGUAUUAUUUUCAAACGCUUCUUCAAUUGUCACCCAACCAGUUGAUGUAUCAGAAGAAACUGAUGGAAUCAAAACCUCCACACAGUACACAGAAUCGCCAGUCCUUCGUUCAAGUGUUCGCGCAUACAAAGAAUUAAUGGCUACUGAAAAAGAAGAAAAACACGAAAUUACUAAAAUUUCUGUUAAAACUGAAUCGUCAACUGAGACCACGUCAAGAACCAAAGAAUCAUCAACAAAAUCACCGACAACUUCAUCAAGUUUUAUAAUUUUUAGCACAUCUGAUAGCGCUGAAAAGCAAGAAGAAGUACCGUCAACAUUGGCAGAUCAUAGUUCAACUAGUACAUCCAAGAAAGCCGAAGAAGCUCAACAGUCAGCGAAAUCAUCCACAUGGUUUACAACUGCUCAAACGACUUCUAGCGAUUCUAGAAAAAUAACCCAUGGAGAGAAAGAAACGGAUCGAAAAUCAGAUAAAAUAACCAAGACUUCAGAAGUUGUGAUCAUAAGAAAUAUGUCUUCCACUUUCCUCAAUAAUUCACAACAAAGUGAAGAAAAUAACGUUGAAAAUCAAAAUAUACAUUUGAAAUACAGCUCAGUGCAUCCACGAAAAGGAAAAACAACGCAUCAAAUGAAACUGCUAUCACUCAAAGCAAGUUCAUCUAUAGGUGAUAUAGAAACCACCUACACCCCAAUUUCAUCAGUAGAUUAUAGCAGUUUAAGAAUUACUGGAACUACAGUCCCACCUUUAGUAGCCAAUGUAACAUCCACAUCGAACUUGGAUAGCGAAGAGCACCUGAGAUCGACGUUUACUUUUUCAAGCGAUGGAAAAAAAUUCACGAAUGUUAACUCUGAGCCUUCAAAAGAAGCAAAAAUCAGCACCUUACAAUCUUCAAAAGAAUUAAGCACUAGCACCUUGCAACCAUCAGAAGAAGGAAGCAGUAGCACUGUGGUUCAACCAAUUACGAAAUUACAGGUGAGUGUUUCUGCAAAAAACGUGGUCGACGUGUUAACUAAAUCUGAAGCAGGCGUUAAAACAUCAGUUUCUCCACUUAUUCCUAAAUUUGCUGAAACAACUACACUUUCAACAGAAACAUCGAAGAUUACUGAACCUCUAAGUACUAAAGCAAAUAUUGAUACAAGGUCAACGUUACAGUUCAAAAUACCGGAAAAAGAAGACGAUGAAACGACCUAUUCCUUUACAGAUAUAAAAAGUUCAAAUAGUUUCAGUACCGAUUCGGAAGUUACAUCAACAAAGAGAACUGCACUAUCGAAAGACGCUGGUGAUAAAAUUAUUAGGACAAUAGCGCCAACAAAUUUUGAGAGUACUUCAUCGACGGAAUCUCAAGAAUUAAUAAUUCAGCUUACAAGCACUACUACAGAUCAUAACAGAAGAAAACCGACAAUAUUUGCAACCUUGCCGAAAAAAAUACCAGAAAACAGCGACUUUUUAACGAAAUAUUCUGUUGAAAUAGGAAAAACCACUGGAAAGGCUGUCAGCAAAGCAAAAAUUGGUGAUAAUAUUUCAACGAACAUAAUAACUACGGCAACUCACACAGUUGAAGAAAAACUUUCUACAAAGACGAUAACUGAGAGAAGCAGCACAAUUGAUAUAAAUCCACAAACAUUGCAAACUACUACAGAAAAAACUGAAAAAAGCGAUAUAAGUCAACGAACGUUGGAAAUUGCUACAGAAAGUAGUACGGCGAAAACCUCAUCAACAAGUGAUGAAUUCGAUCUUGAAUUUGUUCGUGUAACUCCACCGGUACCAUUCACAUCAAAAAUCGACGAAUUAACUGGAACUGAACCCAGUGUAGUUGAUAUAACUGGUGAGAAAAUUACUUUCACAACCAUAUCAAAGCCAAAAGUUACUGUCACUUCAGUAGCAGAAUUAUCAUCAUUGAAUCAAACUGCCAACGCUGAUAAAAUCAGAACUACUGAAAAACUCGAUAGUAUUGUUACAUCCACAAGUGCUGUUUUUUCGAAUAGUUCAACGAAAACAACAAACCAGUUAGAAUUAGAGCAAUCAAAACGACCAACAAUUUCGAUACAAAGUAGCAUUGAAGAAGAAACCAUUACCUCUAUCGUCACUACAACAUUAGAACCUGGAAAAGGCACCAAGCAUUCGGAAUCUUCGACAGUUAUUCCGACAACGCAUAGCAGUGAUAUAAGAAGUACGGGUGAAACAGAAAAGGACAUACAAGAAAUUCACAAAUCGUCUACGAUCAGCACAACUAGCAAAACUUGGUCAAAGGUGCCGCAGAGUUCAUUGUCAAGUACAACUCACGAAAAAAUACCGUACAUAGAACAAGAUCGAACUGGAGCAACUACUGCAAAAAAAAUAUAUUUGUCUUCUGAUACUUUAGAAUCAACUACUACUGAGCUUCCGAGCACAGGUACUUCUACUUUUAUAGCUUCUAAAAGUAGAAUAUCGCUAGUGAAAGGAACUGAAGAAAAAAUAAGUUCAAGUUCAACGACUAUAAGACUUUCAGAUGAGACGGCGGUAUUCUCGACUGAAAUUGAUUCAGCUGAAAACUCUCAAACUCUUGCUACAGUAACUGAACCAGUUCAGCUUUCUUUGCCUUUUACUACCAUUUCCUCUAAGAAAAUGGUCUCAAAGCAAAGUUCUUCGACAGCAAUGGAUCUAUCAGCGAAAAAAACGACUGUAAAUGAUAUGGAAGUUCUAAAAUUGAUAAAAAACAAUGAAACAUCGACGAAAGAACCAGCAGUUUAUCUGUUUUCAAGUUCCCCAGGUGAAUUAACAACGAUCACUAAAACAUUUUCCACAGUAACAACGCCAGAACAUAAAAUAAAGACUACUCAAGAGAUUACUGAAUCAAUUUUUUCAACCUCAAAAGCACCUUCAUCAACUAAAGUGGGCUUAGAGAUCUCUAAUAGUGGGGAGUCUAAAAAAUUUGACAAUUCAACAGAGCUAGGUUUGGAAAUUAUUCAAGUUCUUAAUCAAACAACAACUAAUACUCUGAGCUCGAUGAAAGACUUUGGUAGUAAUGAGCUAAAUUUUGAGUCAAACCUUACAACAAUCGCAUUACAUAUAUCGCCAUCAUCUUUUACAAGAGAAGUGACACAUGACCAGACAGAGUCGAGUUUAAGCACAAAAAAACAGGCAACGGAUGGAGAGAAUGGAUCGGCAAGUUCCAUAUCAUUUGCAACAUCUACAAAACAAUCUAUUCCACCAAAACAAGUUACAAGUGAAACAGAAGCUCCAAGUAAAGAACCAGGAGCCAUUAUCUCUAAGGAAAGCACAUUAUCGUCUACAAUCAAAAGUGAUAAACAAUCGAGCACAGCAGAGCCAGAAGUAUUGUACACAAAUCAUUUAACAAGCACAAAGCAUGAAGAAGACUCUAAAACAACCAUAGAUAACAAAUCCGAAACAUAUUUCCGCUUUAGCACUAUUUUGCCCAAAGCACAUAGAAAAACCUCAAGUACUGUUUCUACUCAAGGCUCUGAUUCUUCUUUAACCACUGCAGCGCUAGAAGCAUCAUCGAUUAGAAGCGGUAAAAUUGUUGAAAAGCAUUCAACUACCGCAGAAAAUCCAACCUACACAGUUGGCCAAUCAACAGUUGAAUUGACAUUUGAUGAACAAGCACAGAUAACUUACAAACCAAAUGAAAAACUGAGUUCAACAUCACUUCCAUCAAAAUCUCGAGGAUUAGCUGGAAAAGGUUCGAGUAAAAAAUUAAUGCUGUCAGUCGUUGAACCAACUUUACCGCAGGAAACUGGUGCAACUGGGAAUGGUACCUCUUUGACAGUAUCAGAUGAUUUGGUCUUAGUUCCUGUUGAAAAAUUCAGAAUUUUCUUCUUAAUUUUUUAUGCAAAUUUCUUACAGAAUAUUACGCCGACGACCGCUGAUUACGAAAAUUUUACGAAAGAAAUAUUUAACUUAACAACGCCUGUACCAUCAUUCGUCAAAUAUCGCUGUCGAAGUCGCGACGACUGUGGAAAUGAUGCUUACUGUGAACGCUUAUCAGGAGCUUGUCGUUGUUCACCUGGUUUUAUCGGUGAACCACCAGUAACGCCAUGCAUCGAUGUAAAUGAAUGCGAUCUUUAUUUGGACGAUUGUCAUGAAACAUCUCAUUGUUCGAAUUUUAUUGGUGGCUAUACUUGUCUAUGUGAGACGGGGUAUAGGAAAGACGCUGAUGGAUUAUGUGUAGAUAUUGACGAAUGCCAGGAGAGAGGAGAAGGAGGAGUAUGCAGUCGAAAUGCUAUUUGUGACGGUUAUACUUGUAUACCAGUUGAGAAAAGGCAUUGUACACCAGAAGAAUGGAACAAAAUGGAUUGCGGUCGGAAUCACCUUUGUUUAGUAGAUGCUUAUGGCAAAAAAGAUUGUGAUACUUGUAAAAGUGGAUAUAGGAAAAAGAAAGGAGUUUGCUCUGAUAUCAACGAAUGUGAAGAACGAAAUGUAUGCCAUACGAAUGCCUUUUGCAAGAAUCUAAUGGGUUCUUACGAAUGUCAGUGUCAACCAGGAUUUAAGGGAGAUGGUUUCCAAUGCUCAGAUAUUGAUGAAUGCCAGCAUAGCCCGUGUCAUCCACAGGCCAUAUGUAUAAAUUUUCCCGGAUCAUAUUCUUGCAGGUGUCAUGAGGGUUGGGCUGGUGACGAAUUUUCUUAUAUUUCUCUUUUCUUCGAUGCUUAUUAUACGAGCCUUCAGGAUAGGUACUCAUUUUGCACUCACGGUAAUCACUCGGCUUGUUUAUCGGUUCGAACUGAUACUCUCCAAUCAGUCUGUGAAUGUGAAGUCGAUUAUCGUUAUAAUUCGUCCACGGGUCUUUGCGAAGUAACACCUAUCCAAUUAUUUGAAAAAAUUCCAGAUGUUGACGAAUGUCGUGAGAAUAGACACAGUUGCGAUCCGUCGACUUCAAUUUGUAUUAAUAAAGACGGCGGCUAUUCAUGCAAAUGUUCUCCUGGCUACGAAGGAGUUGGAGGCAUAUGCACUGAUAUAAAUGAGUGCGAACGUGGUUUUGCUGGAUGCAGUGUCUUUGCUGAAUGCGAGAAUCACAUUGGUAGCUAUGGAUGCAAGUGCAUAGCUGGUUUCAGCGGUGAUGGCAUUAACUGUAUUGCUAUUGAUGGCGAAAAUUCGAAAUCAAACGCUUGCGAUGAGAAAUGGCGAAUACAGUGCCGAUCACAAAACAAGACUUGUCACGUCGAUGACGAAGAUGUAGUGCAGUGUGGUUCUUGUCUUUUUGGAUAUCAACCUAUCGAUGGGAAGUGCUUACCUAUUCAUGCAGCUGGCGAAUGCGCCGAUCCAAAGAAAAAUGACUGCGACGUAAAUGCAGAUUGUAUAGACGUUUAUCCUAGCCGUCAUUUUUGCACUUGUAAAGUUGGCUUCAUCGGUGAUGGUCGUCGAUGUGAUGGUAAAAAUUUUCGCUUUUCUUCGAUUUACUUAAACGUGUUGAAGCGUGAUGUGGAUGAAUGCACAGUACCUGGAAUAUGUGAUGCAGCAGCACAAUGUCACAACACGAAUGGCUCAUUCUCUUGCGUUUGUAAAACUGGUUAUGUUGGUAACGGAUUCAAAUGUAUGGUCAACACCAAUAUAAAAGGAGGACCGAAUUGCCAUUUGAAUGAAUCGAUAUGCCAUAAGAAUGCCAAGUGUGACUUUGAUGGAACUUGCGUGUGUUUAACAGGUUAUGAAGGAGAUGGAGUAAACGUUUGCGAAGAUCACUUUUCAUCCACUUUUUCAAUUUCAACGACAAUAUCGCCAUUUAAAUUAACAACCUCGAGCAGCAAAUUUUUGAUGAACGAUACUGAAAAUAAUGUCAUUCAAAAAUGCUCCAUCGAUGAUUUAUCACCGUGUCACGAUUUCGCUCGAUGCGAUUUCAAAAGUGGCCUCUGUGAAUGUAAAUCCGAUUACUAUGGUGACGGUUAUCGACACUGCAGAAAAAAACGCCUGGAUUGUGUUGCCGAUACGACAUUAUGUGGUGAUAGAGCAAUCUGUGAUGUGGAAAGCAGAAAUUGUAAAUGUCUUCAGGGUUAUACUGGCGAUGGAACAAACUGUAUUCCAGAUAUUAUGGUACUGUUAAGAUUUAAUCGUCAAUUGUUGGAUUGUGCGUUGCGUGAGAAUAUUUGCAGCAAAUACGCCACUUGUGUUAACAGAAGGUGUACUUGCAAUAAAGGAUAUGUAGGUCAGAUUAUUAUUAUUAUUAUUAUUUAUUUCUUUCUUACAGGUGACGGUUCUGUCUGUGUCACAAGUGAGCCGAUCAAAAAUUGUUCUAAGUGUCACCCAAAAGCCGAAUGUAUCGAUGAUAUUUGCCGUUGCAAAGUGCGAACUCAACAUUUCGAAUUAGAUCGUUCUGAAAAUGCGAUAUGUAAAGCGCAUCUUCUGCUUCUAUUGGUACUUUCUUUUUCAGCUGGCUCCACUGCCUACAUGUUGCCAGAGAAGGGCUAUUUUGGAAAUGGCGGUUCAUGCAUUGUUGAUCCGAAGGACUGUGUCCAUCAGCCAGCUAUCUGCAAUGUCGAUGCUGUAUGUAAUCAAGAGCAGAGACGUUGUACUUGUAUGGAAGGUGAAAGUUUCGAGCUACUAAUUAGAUUUACGGGCGAUGAAAAUGACUGCUCGCAGGAGAAAAAUUGCAACUCAUUUGAGAAUGUUUGCCAUGAGAAUGCGACUUGCUUAUCACAUGGAGUGUGUCAAUGCAAGAAAGGAUUUAUGGGGAAUGGAAUAUCCUGCAACCCUAUAAUUUUAAUCGAAAAAAAAGGAAGAAAAGCUGCAGAAAACGAAAUCUCCACAUGUGAACCGAAAUGUAAAUCGUAUGAAGAGUGCUUAAAUGGAAGUUGCAUAUGCUUCCACGGAUAUAGCAAAGGCGAUGACAAUGUUUGCAAAGGUAAAAAGGCUCAAAAGGCUUUUAACGAUGUGGAUGAGUGUUUAUUGCCAAAUGUUUGCGAUCCUGUUGCGAAUUGCACGAACUUUCCUGGAUCCUAUAAAUGCUCGUGCCCGGCUGGUUUUAAAGGCGAUGGGAAAUUUUGCCAAAAAUAUCAAAGCAUCGACAGUACAGUGGUCGGCAAUAUGACAGUCGACUGUGAAUUAAAUGAUAUGACACUUAUAUUGACGAAAAACCUCGACUUCUUUGAUGGAAGAAUAUUUGUUCGUGGACAAACCGAAAAUCCGUUUUGCUCGAAAAAAUUCAAAACCUUGGAAUACGAUGAAUUUAGCUAUCGUUUUACUAUUCCUUAUUCGCAUUGCAACGUGCGGUUUGAAGAACCAGAUACGAUGGCCGUUACUGUUGUCAUACAACGCCAUCCGACGUUUAUCACGCAAUCUGCAGAUGCUUACGAUCUCCGCUGUACAUAUCGAACUGGUGUGCGGCAAGUGAUGAGCCAUGUUAACGUAUCGGAAAUAACGACGAGCAAUACCAUUGUAGAGACGGGAAAUGGACCAGCAUGUCAAUUGACAGUCACCAACGAUCACAACGAGUGGGUUGACGUUGCGACUGUUGGCCAAGUGCUAAGGCUGGCUUUGACAGUUUCUCCAAAUGAUACUUAUGCUAUACUACCGCGAAACUGUUUCGCGAUUAAUCUGGAAACAGGUGAACGUUAUUCGCUAACAGAUAAAGCCGGUUGCGCCAUAGAUACACAACUUUUCCCAGAGUGGUCUUUUACUUCGCCAUCUCUCGCAACGGCAACUUUUCGUACAUUCAAAUGGCCCGAUAGCUCGAUGAUAAGAUUCCAGUGCGAUUGUUCUGCAUGCUUAGAAUCUUGCCCAAAGGUGAACUGCGAUCGACGUCGUGAAGCUAUGCGAUUGCGAAGAUUACGUUUCACGCGUGAAGUUUCUUAUGACGAGGUGAUCGAUGGUAAUACUGCCAAAGUUCUUGUGAAAAAUACCAGCCAAAUAGCUUAUUCACCUUCUUUAUAUAUUGAAGAGAAGGAAGAAACGCAAAGGGCGCAACAAGAGUUGGAUCAAUGGAAAUACCGAGGCAAGUUUCCUCUUCUAACAUCGUACGAUAUUUCUCUACCUACCUGA